AUGCAGUCUGGGAUUGCUGCUUCGCAAGAGCUGCACCAGCAGUUUGGCUCGCUGCUAUCGUCAUCAUCGACAUUUGCUCUGCUGGUCGGCAUCGAACAGGAGUCGCUGGUGCCUGUUGCCAGCGUGGCCUCGACAUCCUCGUUUGCGGGCGAUCUGAAAUCGCUGCAGUCGCACAUCAAGCCCAACGUAGCACUGUACGCCAUUGUCCGACGAUACGACGCGGCGCCGAAACUCGCGGCAAUCUCCUACGUACCCGAUGCCGCCCCAGUGCGGCAGAAGAUGCUGUUUGCGUCUACCCGUCUGACGCUGACUCGUGAGCUGGGGCUCGAGCACUUUCGCGAGAGUCUCUUCUUCACGACGCCAGACGAGUUUACGGAGGCUGGCUUCAAGAAGGCCGACGCCCAUGCACAGCUCGAGGCGCCGCUGACGGAGGAGGAGCGGACGCUGGGCGAGGUGAAGCGCGCGGAGCAGGAGGCUGGUGCGGGUACUGGAACCCGGGAAAUCCACUUGAGCAAGAGUCUCGCAAUGCCGGUGUCUGCGGAGGCCAUUGCAGCCCUCAAGGACAUGCAGGGCGCCCGAGCUGUCACUAUGCUGAAAAUCAAUCCAGCCACCGAGGCCGUCGAGCUUGUCCCCGAAUCGCCCAGCCCUAGCACGAUUGCCGACCUUUCGCAAGCGAUUUCCAGCACGGAGCCGCGCUUCACCUUUUACCGCUACAAACAUGCCCACAACGGAGAGGAGCAGAGCCCCCUGCUCUUCUUUUACACCUGCCCAGCGUCUGCGGGCGCCAAGUCGAUAAAGAACCGCAUGAUGUAUCCCCUGAUGAAGCGGGCGGUGUUGACGGUUGCCGAGCAGGAGGCCGGUCUCACGAUUGACAAGAGGUUUGAGGUGGAGGAGACGGGCGAGGUCACGGAGCAGCUCGUCUUGGAAGACCUGCACCCCAAGCCAGCAGCUCGGCAAGGGUUCAGCCGACCGAAGCGACCCGGCCGGUGA